AUGCGCCACGUGCUAAUGCUCGCCCUCGCUAUCAGGCGAGCCUCCACCCUGCUGCCGCCUGCAGCACCGACGCUGCGCACCGCACGCUUCGCGACGGACGCGUCGAGAGCCCUGGAGCGGCGCUUCGACGCCGCCCUGAGAGACGACUGCGGCGUCCGCGCGAACGAUACCGUGGUCGCUGCCAUCUCCGGCGGCGUCGAUAGCACGUGUCUCUUGCAUUUGCUCGCGCGGGCCGAGUGCCGAGUGAAGGUCGUGACCUUCGACCACCGCCAGCGCGGCGCCGCCUCGACGGAGGACGCGGCCUUCGUGCGGCGCCUCGCGGCGCGCUACGGUUUGGAAUGCGACACGCACGUCUGGGAGGGCGACAAGGGCACUGCAAAUGAGUUCCGCGACUGGCGCCGUCGGACGCUUCUUGAGACAGAAGGCGACCACGUCGCGACGGCGCACCAUGCUGAUGAUGAAACAGAACUGUUCCUGCUGCGGCUGGCGCGCGGCGCGCGCCUGACCAAGGUGCUGGGCGGCAUGCGCAUGCGGAAGCCGCCCUUCGUCCGGCCUUUACUAAGGGAGCCGAAGAGCGAACUGAGGAAGUACCUCGAGGAUAAUAACGAAGAGUGGCGCGACGACGCGUCGAACGCCGACCCAAGUUACGGGAAGCGGAACCGGGCGCGCCUCGAGGUCGUGCCGCCCCUGGAUGCGCUCUGCGAAGGCGGCCUCUCCUCGAAACUGGAUAAUUUGAGGCGCCAGGCUGAGGCCGUGCAGGCCUGGAUCGACGCCGAAGCCGAUACCGUGCUCGCCGCGCGGCGCUCGGGCGCGCUGCCCCUGGCGACUUAUCGGGAGGCGCCGGAGCCCGUGCGCCUCGAGGUGCUGGACCGCCUCGCGGCCGACGCCGCGGCGACGGACGGGAGCUACGCGGUGCCGUACGCCGUGCUCUGCGACGCCGACGCGAAGCUCUGUGGUGGCGAGGCGGCGUGGACGCUGCACCUGCCGCGCGGCGUUUUGUUGAGGGUCGGCCACGGCGCGCUGUCGUGCGCGGAGCCCCCGCCUUCGAGAAGCGUCGGUCGCGUCCGCGUCGACGGGCGGCUCGGGCAUCUGUCCGUGGCCCUAGAUAGGGGCCUCGCCGUGCCGGCGCCGGCCGACGGGGCCCUGGAGCUGCGGCCGCGGCAGGCCGGCGACCGCUUCCGCGCGCCGUGGCGCGACGGCCCGCAGAAGCUCUCGACGGUGCUGCGCGGCCAGCGCAUUCGCGACGCGGACGACCGCGCCGCGACGGUCGUGCUCGCCUGCGGGGAGCGCGUCCUCGCCGCGUUCCCGCCGGGCGGCGACGCGCUCGUCUGCGCGGCCGAGGACGGCGACGGGGAGGUGCUCGUGGACGUCGCGUCGACUUCGUCGAUGGCGGGUGAUGCGUAGAGGUGUGUUUUUGUCUAGAGAUAGAGUCACUAGAGCAACUCUGCCCAGCCUCCGACUAGCCUCCACAGCAAAACGCAGCUUGCUGGACUUACAGAUGGCCGAAAGGGUCUAUCGCAUCCCCGGGCCGCUGGAGAGCUUCGCUUCCUGGCCCGCGUGGCAGCGAGAAGUGCACCUCACCCACUGCUGCCAAUUUUGCAGGGAUCCAUUCACAUGCCCUCUUUUUGCCAGCCUCAAAGUAUGCGCUAGGUGUGGACAGAAGGGCUGUUCGGAUUGCGUUAGAGGCUGCGACGAUUGCUCUGAAUGGGGGGGUCCCGACUGCGACUGCGACCAGGACGACGUCCUCGAGUACGGGUGCACUUGCCAGCGGUCCACGCCCCGCUACUGCUAUGAGUGUCACCAUGGACCUUUACAGCAAGUGCACUGCGGCAAGGUUGUCUGCGCCAGGCACCUCAAAUGGCACGACGACACCGCGGAGGCCUGCGCGCACACUCACCACUGGAGGUCCAAAGGCUGCUGCGACUGUAUUCUCCAUCAGCGCAAGUGCCGCGACACGCUGGUGCGCGAGGUGGAACGCAAUCUAUUGCUCGGUGCCAAGGACCGCGCCGCGCCGGCCAAGGACGCGCCGAAGGCGACGGUCGUGCUCGAUCGGCUCGUGCGGAGCGGCCAGGAGCCGAUGGCGAGCGUCGUGCUCGACUUUGCGGGCGGCCGGCGCAACAACGGGCCGCGCAGCAGAAUGCCAAGGCCGAAGUUGAGGGCCAAGAAGGAUACGAGAAUGAAGGCGCCCCGGAAGAUGCUCGCCAAGCUGAACGGUCCCUGGCCGGAGAAGCCCCGACGCGUGGUCGAGGGGCGCUUGUAA